AUGUUCAAUGUUUUUGUGUUAUGGGAUGCUCUAGCUCCAUUUUUGGUGUUUUUUGUCUUAAUUUUGGAGCCUUUCAACGUGGAAACAACACAAAUGACACUGGAUUCUCUGGACACUUCUUUCUGUUACGGUGGGCUGGAGGUAAUCUAUCCAGAACUGAACAUUGACAAAUGCCUCACAAUUUCUAAAGAGCUCAAACACAGAGAGAAGAUCAGCAGUGUUUGGAAAGCCCCGCAGAUUUACUUCUCUGGAGCCCACAAGGAAAAGAAAUAUGUCCUGAUGAUGGUUGACCCGGAUGCCCCCAGCCGCACCAAAAGCUCAGGUUACUUCAGACACUGGUUGGUUGUGGACAUAAAGAGCAAUGUGCUGAAGAAGGGAACCAUCCAAGGAAAAACUCUCACUGAUUACCAUCCACCGACACCGCCUCUGAAGACUGGUUUCCACCGCUACCAGUUCAUGUUAUUUGAGCAGCCUCCCAGCACGUCGGUGUCCCUCACUGAUCAGGAGAAAUCUCGUGGUAAAUGGGAUCUGCAGGCCUUCAUGACGAGGUUUGGUUUAGGAGAGCCUGUAGCCGCUGUGCAGUUUCUCACCCAGAAUUUCAAAGACUGA